AUGGAAAAUAAUUGUUCACGUGAAGUUUAUGAUUUAAUUCGUAAAAAUUCAUACGGUUCUGAUGUUUAUGAUAAUAUUAUUGUGUGCAUCCAAGCUGGUCAUCGAAAGUUAGCUGCUAGUAUUAUGAAUGAUAUAAACGUUCUCAGUCAUUAUGGAUUUAAUGAGCUUCAUCAUCAAGUUUUGAGUUUUGAUCAAGAAGAUCUCACUGUUAACAGUGCAUGUGACGUUAUUAAACAAACGAAAGAAAAUUUUCGAGUAACACCUAUUCAUUGUGCUGCUAUCAAUCCAAAUGUAAAAUAUUUGAAACAACUAUUAGCGAUUGUGUCUGAGUAUAAUAUUAGUGAUAAACAAGAACAAAAACCUAUUCAUUAUGCUGCUGCCUGUGAAGGAUGUGAACCAUUGGAAUAUCUGUUAUCAAAAGAUGUCAAAUUUAAUGAAGUUGAUAAAAAUGGCAAUACACCAUUACAUAUUGCUUGCAGAUAUGAUCGUCAUUCUAAUGCAGAAUUAUUAUUACGAAAAGCAAAAGAAAAGGCUGAAUCCAAUGAACCAAAUGAUCUAGUCGAACAUGAAAAGUAUGGUCUUGCAUCAAUCAACCGAAUGAAUGCAGCCAAACAAUGUCCUCUUCAUAUAGCUGCCAUCAAUAAUCAUAUAGAAUGUAUUGAGAUCCUUAUUCAAUAUGGUGCAAAUAUUGAUGCAUUUACAAGUAUAUCCACUGAAAAGUUAACACCGCUUAUGUUUGCAUGUCAAAAUGGAUAUCUUAACAUUGUCAAAUGUUUAAUUAAAGAUGGAGCUCGAGUAGAAGCACGUGAUCGUUUCAAACGAACACCAUUAAUUCAUGCUUGUAUGUAUGGACAUGCACAUAUCGUUUCAUAUUUACUACGCAUCGGAGCUAAUCCAAAUGUAUUUGACUCAUCGAUGAAUUCAGCUUUGCAUUAUGCUAUUGCUUAUGGUUGGUACUUUUGUGUUCGACUACUAAUGGAAGCUGGAGCAAAUUCGAAUUGUGCAAAUUGUUGGCAAGUUACAUGUCUUGGAAUCGGAUUUUCCAAAGGCCAUUAUGGUAUUUGUGAUUAUCUUUUAAAUGAACAUCAAGUAGAUAUCAACUUCAAAAAUGAUGAAGGUCUAACAAUAGUUAUACUUACAGUUGAUUUAGAUGUUUCGAAAUGGUCUGUGCAACAAUUAGAAUAUGCUGUUGUGAAACAUAACGCUGAUUGUACAUGCGUUGAUAUUAAUGGCAGCAAUGCUUUUCAUUAUUUAGCAUCAAAAUCAACUUUAGAAAGCGACAGUAACUUAUCUAAAAAAUAUUAUUUUCGAAUGGCUCAAAUUUUACUGGAUCACCAUUGUAAUCCUAGUCAAAUGAAUAACAAAGCACAAACACCAUUGAUGCUUGCACUUCAAUCGAAAAAUUUCUUUAUGGUUGAUUUUUUAAUGAAUCAAGCAAAGGUUGAAUUAACUCUGGAUAUAAAUUGUGAUGGAAAAACAUUAUUGCAUUAUUUUGCUAUGAAUAGUGAUGAAGAAAAAAUUACUGAAACAUUAUUGAAUUUACCCGUGACAGAUGAUUUGAAAAAGAUGAGUCUAAAAUGUGAUAACGAAGGACGAACACCAUUUGAUUAUUGUACUUUGAGAUAUGAAGAACUUUUUAAUAGACGAUAUUAUAACUAUGGCAAUUCACUUAGCCAAUAUCGAUCGAUAAUUAAAAUGAUUCGAUAUUUCCUUGAUACACUCGGAUGCGAUAAUGACGCAUGUAUUUUUCAUUUAUUAUAUGAAGGCCCUUCUGGCAGUUCAGUCGAUGAGCAUCCAUUAGAAAUUCUUCUCAAAAAAUCAAAAAACAUCAAUGUUCAUCAUUGUGAAAUAGGUGAAACCCCAUUAUUGCGAGCCAUUCAUCAUAAAAACUAUAAAAUUAUCCACCUACUUCUUCAACAACCAUCAUGUGAUGUUAAUCUAGCAAAAAUAUCAAAUACGUUUGAAGGUGGACAAACCCCAUUGAUGAUCGCAUGUAAACUUCAAUAUUUUCCUGUUAUUCGCGAUCUGUUAAAUCAUCCAAAAUGUGAUCUUCUUGCAUACGAUCAUCAACAUAACCAAGCUUUACAUUAUUAUCUAAAUAUUACAACUCGUUCUGAUGAAUAUUUAGAAAUUUUUCAUUUAUUUAUCAAGAAAUUAAUUACUAUUGAUAAACAUACAUUGAAUUCAAAAGAUAAAUCUGGUAGUACACCAUUACAUAUCGCUGUUCAUCAUAACCAAGGUACUGUUGAUACGGUCAACGUUGUUGAACAAACUCUAAUUGAUAAUGGUUGUGACUUAUUCAUUAAAAAUGAUCUUGGAAAUAUUCCAUUGCAUAAUGUCUUCUUAGGAAAUAAAAGCAACAACGAUCCUGUCGAACUUUGUGUUCUCAUUAUGCAAACAAUGAAUUAUGAAUCAUUAGAUACGAAAAAUAACGAAGGAAAUACUCCACUACAUCUUGCCGUUUUGAAAGAAUCUACUGUUUGUAUAACACUUCUACUAAAACAUGGUGCGAAUUUAUUAGCUGAGAAUAAUCUCUUAAAUUCUGUUAUUGCUGAUUGUAUUGCAAUGAAGCGUUUGAAUCUUCUAAUUACAUUUCUUCAACAAACAAUCAAUAUUGAUUUGAGUAAAAUGUAUCAUAAAUCCAGUUCAUCGAUUUCGAGCGAAGAAGAUUCAUUAAUUUCUUUGAUAAUCAAGCAACAUGAUUGGCAAGGAGUUUUAUCGUUGAUUCUCGAUGAUCUUGAUCAUUUUCAUUUAAAAUAUAUUCAAGUGUUAGAAGCAGCCAUUUUACAUAGACAAUUGAAUCUUGUUCUCCGUCUUAUGGCAACCAUUAAGAAUCGAACUGUCUUACAAGAGAAAAACCCUCACGAACAAAAUUUAUUUCAUAUUAUAACCUUGAAUAAAAUAUCUGAUGCAAAAUUUUUAGACAAAUUUUUCUCUUACCUUUACAAUUUCAAUGUUGAUUGGAAUGUUGCAGAUAAAUAUGGAAUGUAUCCAUUACACUAUGCUUGUUUGCUACACUAUAAACCAUUGAUUGAAUUUUUACAGAAGAAAUAUUCAAAAGAGUUAGAUUUCAAUCAAACAAAUCGAGACGGAAACACAGCUUAUGGUUUAUUAUUUUGGAAUUCAGCUACAAAUAAGGUCAUUGACAAAGGUUUUCUGCGAACCAUUAUUACAUCGGGUAAAGCUCUUGAUUAUUUAUGCAAUUAUGAUAAUCGCAAUGUGAGAAACCCUUUAUCAUUCAAUGGUAUCAAUACAUCAUCAAAAAGUACUAUUCCACAAACAGCUGUUGAUUUAGAAACUACAUCAACAAUUAUACGAACAUCACCAUUGAUCAAUGCAGUAAUUCAUCAUAAUUUUGAAUUGACAAAAUUCUUGCUUGAACUUGGUGCUGAUGUGAAUUUUCCUGACGAAGAACAGCUAACUGGAUUGAUGCAUGCUGUUCGACAGAAUGACAUGAACAUAGUAAAGCUAUUGCUUAAUAAGGAUUUUAUGCUUGAUGAUGACAAACGAUCUUUAACAAGGAGAUUUCAUUCACGACGACAAAAAGUUCAACGAAAAUCAAAGCCAAAAGGAUUCUUUCUUGGUGUUACGACUACUUCUAUUGCCGAUGUGGAAGAAGAAGAAGAAGAAGAAGAAGAAAAUGAACAAGACAUGAGAAAUGAGGAUAUAUCUGACGAUAAGGAACCUAUGAAUGAGUGGAAGAAGUUUGAAGUUACGUCCAAUAUUGACCUAGAUGCUACAGAUGCAUUUGGCCGUACAUGCAUCCAUCAUUUAGUUCAACCAUUUCCCGAUGCUUCUUAUGUAAAUUGCAUCGAACUUCUCGAAUUACUGCAUACGUCAGGCGCUUCCUUAACUAAACUGGAUCGAAUGGGUUUCUCACCAUUACAAUACGCUGCUAAGAAUGCUGGUUUUCGACAUUUAUAUGAUAAACUAAAAACAUUAACGAAUGAACCAUCGAUGGAUACAGAACAUUUAACGAAUCAGCGUUUUAUUGUUAAUGAUCCAAAUAAGAAUUUACUUGGUCCAACAGAUUAUUAUUCAGAUGCUCAAACGUAUAUCAAUCAAUAUAUUGCUGCUCGUCCUCUAGACGAUGAGAAUAGCAUUCAUAAAGUUGAUCCAUUGUCGAACAUGAGUGAAACAGGAGGUAUUGUCUGGGACACAGAAAAGAAUGAACCUUAUGAUGUUCGAUUAACUAUUACUGAUGUAGAUUAUGGUCUAAUCGGUUUAUAUAAUUUUUAUCGAAUGCAAAUAAUCAAACAUAAAACGAAAACAAAUUUUUAUCUUCUAUUUACACGUUGGGGACGUAUUGGUGAUGGUGAUGGACAACAUCAAUUAACACCUUAUUCAUCACUCGAAGAAUGUCGAGCUGAAUUUUGUAAAAUCUUUCGUGACAAAACUGGUAACCCAUGGGAAAAUACAGAUCAAUUCGAAAAGAAACCAAAAAAAUAUACAUUAAUAAAGUUAAACGAUCGUCAAACACAUAAACAUAUGAAUGUUCCCAUCCUCUUUCAACAAUUAGAGAAUGAAAGUGAACAAAUACCAUCAAAAUUACAAUCAAUAGCCUAUAAGAACUUUUUCAAAACAUUUCUCAAUGAUCAAAUUAUUCGAGAAAAUAUUAACAAAGCUAAUCUAGAUGUCGAAUGGAUGCCUGUUUCUCAAUUAAAACCUGAAAGUUUACAAAGAGCACGUGAUAUAUUAGCACAACUAGCAGUAAAUAUUGAACAAAAAGACAAACUUAAAUUAAUUAUUCAACAAACUAUUUCUGAUGAAGCUCAAACCUCAUCAGUUGAGUCUACAGAUGAAAGAACUGAAUUCAAACGUUUAAUUGAUUUGAUUUGCCGACUUAAUAAUGAAUAUUAUAGUAUUAUACCUUUGCAAGGUUAUGGUGCUGAGAAAAUACCUAUGAUCGAUAGUUUAGAAGCUGUCAAGAUACAAGAACAAAAACUUACUGAUAUAUUUGAAUUAGAAUUAUCUUAUAAAAUUCUUUUAGCUGCACAAGCCAAUUUAAAUCAAAUAUCACCAUUAGAUUAUUUGUACAAAUCGAUUAACUGUCAAUUUGAAGCUAUGAAUCAAGACGAUAUUGAAUCGCAAUUUAUUCUACGUUAUAUCUGGGCAAGUGCACCCAAUAUUAAAGUCGAACAAAUACUCAAAGUUGCACGAUCUAAUGAUGAUGAACGACUUUUUCAACGGAAUCUGGAUAAUCAUUAUUUAUUAUGGCACGUAGCAUUAGGCAAACAUGAAGAAAUUACUGAUAUGAACGCUGAUCAAGAUAAGCCAUUGGAUGUCGAUAAAUAUCAUAGUCGUAAAGCUCACGGUCGGCUAAUACCCGAUCCACGACACACCAUUACGAGAAAUUACGGUUUGCUAUAA